AUGUCCGAAGACCCGGCUUGGAAGUAUGGGAAAAAACUUAGUGAGACCAAUCGGACUGCAAUUAUGUGUUUGUUUUGUGAUAAGAUAACUAAAGGAGGAAUCUUUCGCCUCAAACAACAUCUUAUUGGUACUUAUAGCGAUGUUGCACGCUGUCUAAGAUGUCCGGAGAAUGUGAGGGAAGAAAUAAAAACCUAUGUCGAAGGAAAAAAGGAACUAAAACGUCAAAUGUUACAUCAACCAACUGUAACUAAUCUUGACGACGACGAUGAUGAAACAGAAGAAGGUGAAGCUGUUGAUUUGUCCGUUCGUUCAAAAUCACAAAAACGGACAACUUAUGGACCAACGACCUCCAGUGUGAAAGGUCCUUUAGAUUGCUAUUAUCAACCGAAGCCAACUGAUAACGUAGGGACAAGCGGUAAAAAAAAUUUGAAAGACACUGCCUUACGGCAUUUGAGGGAGCGUGCAGUUGCGGCUUUUUCACGAUGGAUGUAUGAUGCAGGGAUCCCCUUCAAUUGUGUCAACCAUAUUGACACUUUUGGAGCCUUCCUUGAUGUCGUAGGCCAUUAUGGUGUUGGAAUGAAGCCGCCUACGUAUCAUGAAGUUAGUACCUCAUAUCUAGCUAAAGAAGUGGAAGCGACACAAAAAAUAGUGGAGGAUCAUUGGGUAGAAUGGAAGCAUUUGGGAUGUUCCAUUAUGAUGGAUAAGUGGAUGGCAAGAACGGGAAAAAUGAUCAUUAAUGUGUUGGUGAAUUCUCCAAAAGGAAGCUUAUUUCUUGAAUCUAUUGAUGCGAGCGACUCGUCUACUGAUUCCAUCAAGAUGUUCUCCUUGUUUCAGAGCACCAUUGAGAAGAUUGGACCAGAGAAUGUUGUUCAAGUUGUUACCGAUCAUGCAACUGAAAAUGUUAAAGUAGGUGCUAUGUUGAAGGGAGUGUUCCCGAACAUCUAUAUCUAUUGGACUACAUGUGCAGCUCAUUGUAUAAAUUUGAUAUUCGGGGAUAUUUUCAAGGAAAGACCCUUUAGAGGAGUUUUCAUUAAGGCUGUUAGAGCGCAUUCCUACAUUGUUCAAGGGACUUUGUUGUUGAACAUGAUGAGGAGAUUCACAAAACAAAAAAACUUGGUGAAACCUGGGAAAACUCGAUUUGAUACUGCUUUCUUGACCUUACACCGUAUGUAUAUACAAAAGGCCAAUUUGAGAAGCUUGUUCAUUUCGGAUGAAUGGAACAAUAGUAAAUUUGCAAAAGAAGUCAUGGGGAAAGAAGUUGCACGCAUAAUGAUGUCUUAUACUUUUUGGAAUAAUGUUGUUCAUGCUCUUAAAAUUGGCGGGCCAUUGAUUAAAGUACUUCGUUUGGUGGAUGGAGAACAAAAACCACCCAUGGGCUACCUUUUUGAAGCUAUGGAUAGGGUUAAGGAGUCUAUACGAAAAUCAUUUAGUGACCCACAUAAGUAUGCAAAGGUCUUUGACAUCAUUGAUAAAAGGUGGGCGGAUCAACUUCAUCAACCUUUGCAUGCCGCUGGGAAUUUGUUGAACCCAUCAAGCUUUUAUGAUAAUAAUGAGAUACGAUUACUAAAUGCAAAAGUGACGAAGGGAUUCUAUGAGAGUGUUGCUAAAGUUGGUUCCCAAUAUAUAUGA